AUGCGGUUUCCCGUCUUCAUCCUCAGCCUGCUCUGGCUCGUUCCCAGAGCCUUGGGCGCCGGUAGACGAGCAGCAUAUGAGAAGAUCCUCUUCUUCUAUGCAUACCGAAUCGACCAGCUUUUACCGGAGGACCAGCGAACAGUAGGCGUAAAGUGUGCAAAGUGGCCCACUAGGGAGGAGCUGCCCUGUGAGGACCCCGGCAACAAUAAGCCCAAAUAUCUUCACUGCAAACCAAAACAACCGGCCAGGACGGUCUGUACUCUCGGCGAGUUUAUCGGGCACAUCGAUAGCAACAAGGGCAAGAACUAUAAGAACCAGCUCUUCGUUGAUGGCGUCAAGUGGGACGAAGAAAAGCUCGACUUUGACAUGAAGAAAACGGCGGAAAACAUUAUCAAGUACGAUGCUGCCGAUGGUCGCAACCCGCCCUACCGCCUCUUCAAGGACGGCGCUCUCCCUGCGUACUAUGGGGACGAUAUCAUCAAGGACGGCGUGGUUCUCGGCAAGAAGAGGGGCUACGACGGGUCGCUGAAUUCCAUCUUCGAUCGGAUGGCCUACGUCAAAACGACCUUCGACAGUCCCGACGUCAAGUUCCUCUUUGAUCGGGUCGAGGAGAGCCGCACCUCGGUGUUGGCAGCGCGCACGGCCGACCACGACUACUGGAUCAAGAAGGACUUCGUGGCCCAUAUCCCAGGCAUUGACGUCAAGACAGCGCCGAUGGGCUACCAGGAGUGGGUCGACGGCCAGGACCGAGACAUUGAGAAAAUCCUGACCCCCGAGACCAUCACCGCAAACCAGGCCGCCAUCCCUAACGUCGAGGACCAGAUGAAACAGGUCCGAGCGGACCGGCUGACGGACACGUUUGCCGGCGCGGCCCAAGGCAAGCAGGCGAGGGACCACCAGGUUGUGAUGGAAUGUUAUGAGCAAGGAGGAACGAAGAUUGAGAACGCCGUUUGCAUUUGA